AUGCCAGCCGCGAUCCGUAACCUGCGGAACAAACCCGACGUUCUUUUCGUUCGCCUCCCGAAUGUUCUAUCCCUCCUUUGUAUCGUCGUUGGCGUCGUCUGGCUCCUGCUCCUCCCCUUGAACGAGUACUCCCGAAACACCUACAUCUCCGAGAAUGCACUCUUGCCCGGUCAAGUACACGCCUAUUUCACCGGCAGUGAGCAGAAUAUUUUUCGAGGGUACAAGAAGGAGCUGGAAGUCCUCCUAAAUGAGGGGCGCGAGGAAGGAGUCUCGCAAGAUGUGGCCGUGACACCAGCGGCGCAUAACAAAGUCCAUUCAAUCUUGCAAGCCGCGGGGUUGAAAGUUGCGACACAGAAGUACGAGUACACCUCGGCAGGCAUUACCCACCAAGGCGAGAACAUCUAUGGUAUUAUCCACGCACCACGAGGCGAUGCCACCGAGGCAAUUGUGCUCGUCGCGGCAUGGAAGACUGCAGAUGAUGAAUUGAACCUGAAGGGCGUCACGCUAGCCCUGACAUUGUCCAGAUACUUCAAGCGAUGGUCCCUUUGGUCCAAGGAUAUCAUCUUCCUUUUCACACCCGACAGCAAAUCGGGAACUCAGGCGUGGAUUGACGCCUACCAUGACCUGCAGCCCGCGUCCGUUCAGCCGCUCCCACUGAAGAGUGGAGCAUUGCAAGGCGCCCUGGUUAUCGAAUUCCCUUUCGAGCAUAACUUUCGAUCGCUCCACGUUGUCUAUGAUGGUGUCAAUGGCCAACUACCUAAUCUCGACUUGAUUAACACGGCCGUUGCCAUCGCAGGCGGCCAAAUGGGCAUGGGAACUAACCUGCAGGAAAUGUGGGAGCAUGACGACAGCUACCAGGCACGUCUCAAGACCAUCCUCCGCGGUAUGACCAAACAGGGUCUUGGCUAUGCCACCGGUGCUCACAGCAGUUUCAUGCCUUACCAUAUUGAUGCUAUUACUCUGCAGCCCAAGGGCGAGGGAUGGGAGGACGAGAUGGCACUCGGCCGAACUAUCGAAAGUCUGUGCCGCAGUCUGAACAAUCUUUUGGAGCACCUGCACCAGAGCUUCUUCUUCUACCUGCUUAUGCAGACGAACCGUUUCGUUAGCAUUGGAACUUACCUGCCUAGCGCGAUGCUGAUCGCAGGAAACUUCACUAUCAUGGCAAUCGCCCUAUGGAUGCGGACGGGCUAUUACUCGGACUCCAAGACCAAUGCUCCAGCCGAGAAGUCUGAGAGUGAGAAGUCCUCUGAUACGAAGGGCCAGUCUAUGACAGAGGAAAAAACCAAAGGAACCCCCGUCGCAGAGCGUCUCAUGGCUAUGCCGCUUACCCUGGUCAGCGGUCUCCACCUACUUGGUCUUGUUCCACUUUGGAUGUUCAAUACCCUUUCACACCAGUACUUCACCACUGCUACCUAUGUCUUCGUUGUUGUGGAUGUAGUUCUUCCAUUGCUUCUCGCGGCUUUGCUCUCCAGUGGCCUGGGUCUAUCAGCACCCAUCGUCCCGCAGCAAUACCUCCUAAUCAAGUCGUUCACACUUCUCCUAUUGGGAUUGUCGCUUUCCACCUUAGCAACCCUCAACUUCUCCCUUUCCUUCAUGAUCGGCCUCCUGUGCGCACCUCUCAGCUUCAUCGUUCGUCUCCAGAGUCCUUCGGCGCCAGUACGGUUUGCUGUUUCCACUAUUGGACUCUUGUUAUUGAAUCUGCUCUCCCCGCCUAUUGUUCUUUUGGGAGUGUGUUGGUACACCGGUGUAUCCGUCGAGUCUGUCAUGACUCAGGCCGCCUUCGGAUGGGAUGUGUGGGGCAUGUGGACGCAGGUAGUGGUGUGGUGUGUGUGGUGGCCAGCCUGGUUGAUCGGCUGCGUGGUAUUGGGAUCAUCCAUGUUCUAA